UUAUCUCUUAGACUGGUAUUUGAUAGUGUGAUAAGAGCUUCCAUGGUGUGGAUCAUUGCCUUCAUGCAUAGAUCUGUUGGAGGGUCUCUUACCCCAUCCCUUUGCCUGGUUAUGAACGUGAUUUCUGAUGAAACUGGAUUGGAAUAAUUUUCAUGAUCUUUGUAUAUUUAUAUAUAUAUAUAUAUUUUAAAAUUUUGCAUUUGACUUAAAGUGCCAUGAGAAAAUUUGCAUAUUGCAAGGUGGUCCUGGCCACCUCCUUGAUUUGGGUACUCUUGGAUAUGUUCCUGCUGCUUUACUUCAGUGAAUGCAACAAAUGUGAUGAAAAAAAAGAGAGAGGACUUCCUGCUGGGGAUGUUCUAGAGCCAGUACAAAAGCCUCAUGAAGGUCCGGGAGAAAUGGGGAAACCAGUCGUCAUUCCUAAAGAGGAUCAGGAAAAGAUGAAAGAGAUGUUUAAAAUCAAUCAGUUCAACUUAAUGGCAAGUGAGAUGAUUGCACUCAACAGAUCUUUACCAGAUGUUAGGUUAGAAGGGUGUAAAACAAAGGUGUAUCCAGAUAACCUUCCUACAACAAGUGUGGUGAUUGUUUUCCACAAUGAGGCUUGGAGCACACUUCUGCGAACGGUCCAUAGUGUCAUUAACCGCUCACCAAGACACAUGCUAGAAGAGAUUGUUCUAGUAGAUGAUGCCAGUGAAAGAGACUUUUUGAAAAGACCUCUAGAGAGUUAUGUGAAAAAAUUAAAAGUACCAGUUCAUGUAAUUCGAAUGGAGCAGCGUUCUGGAUUGAUCCGAGCUAGAUUAAAAGGAGCUGCCGUGUCUAAGGGCCAAGUGAUCACCUUUCUGGACGCGCACUGUGAGUGCACGGUGGGCUGGCUGGAGCCUCUCCUAGCCAGGAUCAAACAUGACAGGAGGACAGUGGUCUGUCCUAUCAUCGACGUGAUCAGCGACGAUACUUUUGAGUACAUGGCCGGCUCUGACAUGACCUACGGCGGGUUCAACUGGAAGCUCAAUUUCCGCUGGUAUCCUGUUCCCCAGAGAGAGAUGGACAGAAGGAAAGGUGAUCGGACUCUUCCUGUCAGAACACCUACAAUGGCAGGAGGCCUUUUUUCAAUAGACAGAGAUUACUUUCAGGAAAUUGGAACAUAUGAUGCUGGAAUGGAUAUUUGGGGAGGAGAAAACCUAGAAAUUUCCUUUAGGAUUUGGCAGUGUGGAGGGACUUUGGAGAUUGUCACAUGCUCACAUGUCGGACAUGUGUUCCGGAAAGCUACACCCUACACGUUUCCAGGAGGCACGGGACAGAUUAUCAAUAAAAAUAACAGACGACUUGCCGAAGUGUGGAUGGAUGAAUUCAAGAAUUUCUUCUAUAUAAUUUCUCCAGGUGUUACAAAAGUAGACUACGGAGAUAUAUCAUCAAGGCUGGGCCUGAGACACAAACUCCAGUGCAGACCUUUCUCUUGGUACCUGGAGAACAUUUAUCCUGAUUCUCAGAUUCCACGUCACUAUUUCUCUUUGGGAGAGAUACGAAAUGUGGAAACAAAUCAGUGUCUAGAUAACAUGGCUAGAAAAGAGAAUGAAAAAGUUGGGAUCUUUAACUGUCACGGUAUGGGAGGUAAUCAGGUUUUCUCUUACACCGCCAACAAAGAAAUUAGAACAGAUGACCUCUGCUUGGAUGUCUCCAAACUUAACGGCCCAGUCACAAUGCUCAAAUGCCACCACCUAAAAGGCAACCAGCUUUGGGAGUAUGACCCAGUGAAAUUAACCCUGCAGCAUGUGAACAGCAACCAGUGCCUGGACAAAGCCACCGAAGAGGACAGCCAGGUGCCCAGCAUUAGAGACUGCAAUGGAAGCCGGUCCCAGCAGUGGCUUCUUCGAAACGUCACCCUUCCGGAAAUAUUCUGAGACCAAAUUUACGAAAAAACAAAAAAAAAAGAUUGACUGGGCUACCUCAGCAUACAUUUCUGCCACAUUCUUAAGUAGCAAAAAAGGAAAAGUGCUUUCCUCCUGCGGGAUGUAAGGUUUAUCAGCCAUUAAAGCUUCAGCGGCUCUUGGUCCCACUCGCUGUGAACCAGCCUUCCUGUCCAAGGACGUGAGACCACACAGUAGCGAGACUGUGCACGCUGAUGUUUACACGAUUGAAAGAGUCUUUCAUCCAGAAUCAUUGUAAAGAAUAUUCAGACUGAAACAAUCUACAAAAUGUGCUUUCGGGAGAGCUGCACCUUCUGUGGUUUGCUUGCACAUCAGGAAUUUCUGCUGAACGUGCUGUCAUAAUGAAGAGAUGUCCAAGGGUUUUUUUCUGAUUAGAACUGGUAGCCAGUAUAUUACAUAUGGAUAUAAAAGUAAACGAAAAAGAACUGGAACCAGAUUCAGAAUCAUGAAAACAUUUUUACAACAAUUAAAAAAAAACUAUAUUAAACAGGGUUUAAAAGAAAUUAAAACAGAACUAUGAGAAGUACAAUUUGUUAUAGUAUAGUAUAAAAUUUCUAUAUAGAUUUUAUACCUCACUGGGAAAAAUAACUGAUUCCAAUGACGUUCAUUUUGUUUUCAUCUGUGAUGGUCAUGGAUGCUUUUUUUUUCCUUGGGGUGCUGAAAUUGAGCUGAGAAAAAAGUGGCUCUUUGAACGUAGUUUUAAUUGCUUUCUAUGGUUUUUUUUUGUUUUUAAUUUGGUUUGUGGACUGUUGGAAUUGUAAUUUUUAAUUGCCUUCAAAAAUGGAGAUUUAAAAUAAUGUCUGGUUUCACUGAACAAGUUUGAUAUCUCAGUUGCUCUUGGGUCAGCCGGCUGAUAGACUUUGUCACACACACACACACAAAUUUCUUAUUAGAUUUUCAACUUCCUAAUUUGAUUCAGCUGAUAAUGCUUAAUACCCAAGAUUCAUACUACUGUACUACAGGUUUGUUUUCACAGCAAUAAAUCUUCUGUUCUUUUGUUUAUGAUUCCACUCAGCAUAAGGCCUGCACAAGUGAUUUAUUAUUUGGGUAUUUGGACAUGAUACAUUUGAUGGUUUUUUGAAAAACUUUUUUCACUCCAUACUCAGAUGUGCUUCAUUGUCAAGUGCAUAUUUAGAUUAGGUUCUUGAAUUGUAAUGUUGAUCUGCUGCUUCUUUUUUUUUAAUAAAAUUUGACUGAAAAUGUUUAAUUGGCAUUUUUUAAUGAGUUAGCCAAAGAAGUGCAGCUUUUAUUCCGUACUAUUAGACCUGCAUUUCUUCCCUAAAUUCCAUUUAGGUUAAAUCAGUUUUCUUUUUCUGAUUUUUAAUACUACAAAAUAGCCUGAGUAUUGACUAGAAGUUGAGUAUCAAUUAAUGUUUGAAUCUCACAAAGAAAAAUCUCACUGUGAAAUUUUUCCUGAUAUGUGAAGCAAUCCAUCAGCAAAGCAAAGUGCAUAUAUUUUCCUUCCUAUUUGUAAGAUUAUAUUUAAUGAUAUUCUUUUCUUUGAUUAUCAAAGACUCUCACUGCAGGCAGUGCUGUUUCUUGUGCCUAAGAAUGUUUCUGAAAGUUGCAUCACUAAUGUUACUUGGCAGGUUGAGCAGAAAGUGUCUCGUGUCCUGUUCAGGUCGGUGAGCACGAUGCGUGCGCGGACGCGCUGGGGUGAGGCUGCAGCACCGAAUGCAGACGUUCGUCCCCAGGAAAUCUGAGGUGAAGCAGGUGCUGGGUGGGACUUUUUCCUACUCUGUGAGCUGUGUUAAUUCUAUCUUUGGUAGGCCUAAUGCUUGAAUCAACCAGAUGUUUAAUCAAUAAAUUAUUUUCAUGCUCAGAAUUUCAGGUUUUAUACUCUAGUGUAGCUUGGUCAUAUUCUUUACUGUAAGAAAGCUUAACAGCAAUGUGACUUAAGGUUUUGUUGUAUUUUUUAAAAGGGUGAUGUGAGUGACUUAAUCCAUGGGUACUUUUAGAACCUGAUAGAUAACCCCAUUGCCUUUAUUUUUCUAAUUAAAGAAUUCCUACAUACUUUGGAAAUACAAAAUAUUCCUGAA